AUGGCAAGUGGGUUUGUGUCGGAAACGGAAAUCGCUGAAGCUCGUCGCAAAAGACAAGAGGAAUGGGAAAAAGUUAGAACCGCAGAUGAGCCAAUAGAGGCUCCAGAAGAUGAGUAUGACCCGCGAUCACUGUACGACAGGUUGCAAGAGCAGAAACAGAAAAAGGACAGCGAAUUUGAAGAAGCACAUAAACUCAAAAACAUGAUCAAAGGAUUGGACGAUGAUGAAGUGGAAUUUCUAGACUUGGUUGACAAAAAUCGAAUGCAAGCAGAAAGACAAGCGCAGCUGGAAGAACAGAAAGAAUUGAAUGAGUUUCGUGCGAAGGUCGCCACAUUACAAGAGAAACGGUUAGAUGAGCAAAUCCAACAUCAAGUUUCCAAACCAAAGCCCACAAAAUCACACAUCACGAGUACACGGUUAAGCCAGAAGCAAAUUCUUGCCGGUGUUGUGCGUAAGCGUAAAUUGGAACCUGAAAGUGAUCCUAAAGACUCAAACAAAUCACCUGAGAAGGUUGCACCCACUGCAACCAAACCUGCCAAUGAAACCGAUAGUUCAGCGAACGCAACAGUCAAGAGCAGUGCGGCAAUGCGCGUCAUCGGAAUACUGCCGGGUAUGGGAUCGUACAAUUACAAUGAUGAUGAUUCCGAUUCGGACAACAGUUCAGAAGAUUCGGAUCUCGAUGACAGUCACGAGUACGAUUGGAUAGGACGGAAGAUCCGCAAAACGUGCGAGGGUGGUAACAAAUGA